AUUUCAAGCUUCCCGCGUGUUCCUCGUCCUCGUAGCUCACUCUCUCCUCUCUUUGAUCGUCUUUUCUCUCUCUGGUUUUCCAAAUCUCCUCUCCGGAGAAAUGCCGUCCUCCGCUCAGAAAUCACGUCAACAUUUCGCUGGUUGACAAAUUUUCGGCGAUGUUCAUUUCUGAAGUCUGUACAGUUAUAGUCCUUUCACGGAUUCUCUACGGAUGAUACAUGGGGAUUUUUUUUUAAUGGCGGUUCUUCCUUAUUUGUGGAGGAUCCCGUAGUUUGUAGCAAUUUCAGCAAAAAGGAUAGCCGAUCAUUUUGCAUCUUCAAACAGUUCUCUUAAGUGAAGAACUGCUUGCAAAUUAAUAAUAAUUUUUCAAUGGAAGACACGUUACCUUGUUCGGGAUCAGGCAUGAUAUCUGAAGUUGAUGUUGGUGGUGGAAGUAGAAAAUUUAGAAGGUGCUUUAUUGGUGUUUCUCACUCAAAAGCAUUUUCAAGGAAUGCUAUUCGGAGUGUAACUUCACUUAGACAGAGCAGAAUUGCCAAUGGUGCUGCUGGUCAGGUGACAUUUUUCUUGCUCAAAAUUAUUGCGCUAGAGAUGGUUCGAAGGUUCUCAAAGUCUAGGUGUCCUUUUGCUUGGCGAGGACUUCAAGCUCUUCAGGUUCUUUGCUACCCUCCAUUUAAGUGGAUUCAGAGAUGGGCUCCUUUCAGCUGUUUAGUCAAAGGCAUGCAGGUGUUGUCAAAGCCAUUACUUGUACUAUCAAUAGCAACAUCGCUCUCUGAUCGGACAGAGCCUAUGGGUGGAGACUCAGAUGACAUCAGUGAUUCCCCUUCAUAUUCUGAAAUGUACUCAGAGCUAUCCUCAGAAAACUCGUCUACAGAUGCAAGCGCUUGUGAUGAGCCUCCACAAAACAUUGAAUCUGAAACUUUGUCUGUUCGUCUCUCUAAAGAGCUGGAAAGUCAGGGUUUCAAUUUGCCAGAAAGACUUAACGAAGAGGAGCUUCAAAGAUUCUUUGCAGCUUCGAAUGGCGACUUUACAUCUUUGUUAUCUUCAAUUAAGAAGACAAUCCGCUGGAGAGAAAAUUACAAAAUACUUUCAUCUUUAGAGCUUGACAUGUGGUCACACAUGGUCUUUUGGCAUGGAUUUGAUCUGAAGCCCAGACCUUGUCUCAUAGUACGCCUUGGGCUAGCUUGCAUGAACUUGUCAUCUGAAGACAGACCCCGUUUUAUCCAAGCCAUUGUAUCUCAGGUAGAGCAUGGGAUCGUUGAGCUAGUUGAUUCAGAAAAUCCCCAAAUUACAGUUUUAGUGGAUUGUGAAGGAUUAACUCCUUUUAGAGUUCCCAUGCAAAUGAUGAGAUAUUGUUCUUCCCUUUUGCAAGAUCACUUCCCAAACCGUCUCGGAUGUUUGUUCAUCAUUCGGCUUCCUCCGGUCGUUCGUCUCCUUGCCCAAACUUUUAUUCAAAUUUUGUCACCUGUUACGCGUAAAAAGUUAAAAAUUGAGGGGGAGACUACAUACAAAAAGGUUUUAUCGGAGUACAUACAAACACUACCUAGAUAUCUUGGUGGCAAAUGCUCCUGCUCGAAAUGUUCAAAUGUAGAUAUCCAUGACAUACAACGACUGGAUACAACUGGGGCAGUAAACAGAGAGUUGAUUACUGGAGGAAUCCAUGGGAAUGAUGCAGUUUUAGGGUCUCAGAUGCAUGAGUUUGAUAACCACUUGCCUGGAAACUUUGAUCAGAUGGUAAGAACUAGCGUGAUAAGCAUACUUAUGUUUUGGGCUUUCAUUGCUGUUAUUGUCAGUGCAUACGAUCCCGAAAAUCAAAUCUUUUUCCCUUGGGUCUGACUCGAAGCCAGUGACGACUGUGGGGAGCUCAAAUUUUAUCUACAAUGUCCCAAGUUCUGCAUUUUGCAGCCAGUAAAAGGAAGGAUUAUUCAUAUCAUGUUUAGUAAUGAUAUGUGGCAUCAAUUAUAGUUCAUGAAUUUUGUCCUUUGAAUUUUACCCUCAUUUUAUAGUAGAGUGCAACUUUUGUCAAUAGUUGGAAGGUACUCGUAUCGUAGACAGAUGAUGAAGAUUUUCGUGUGGCGAGCUCGUCUUAAAUUUCCUAUGGCAGUUGAUUUCGGGCAAAAGACCUUUGAAAUUGAGAUACUGAGAUUGUGAUUGAAGAAUUGGAGGCAAGUUCUAAUAGAAGGCUUCCCUCAUUACCAAAGCGCUUACUCACUUUGGAUGGAUGAAAACCCUCCAUGGGUGCUAAGGAAACAAUUUCUUAACACAUUUUGUGUAUGUUUGUACUUUGUCGAAUACAUGUAUGCGCGUGCGGAGCUUCAUUUUAUC